AUUCUUAAAGGGGCCAGAAGGAAGGCAAGAGGCUGCAGACGGCCGGAAGGAAAAUGAGUGAAUCUUUGGUGGUUUGUGAUGUUGCUGAAGAUUUAGUGGAAAAGCUGAGAAAGUUUCGUUUUCGCAAAGAAACGAACAAUGCUGCCAUUAUAAUGAAGAUUGACAAGGAUAAACGCCUCGUGGUACUGGAUGAAGAGCUUGAGGGCAUUUCACCUGAUGAACUUAAAGAUGAACUACCUGAACGACAACCUCGCUUCAUUGUAUAUAGUUAUAAGUAUCAGCGUGAUGACGGAAGAGUUUCGUAUCCUCUGUGCUUUAUUUUCUCCAGUCCUGUUGGAUGUAAGCCUGAACAACAGAUGAUGUAUGCUGGGAGUAAGAAUAAGCUAGUCCAAACAGCUGAACUAACCAAGGUGUUUGAAAUAAGGAAUACUGAAGACCUAACUGAAGAAUGGUUACGUGAGAAACUUGGAUUUUUCCGCUAAUGUGAACUUCUGUGUUUCUAAAGUAUUUAUGUAUUAACCUGACCAUACUGGAACCAGACAUAAAUACUUAUUUAUGCCUAAAAAUGCACUGUUAUUUACAGUUUGUUUCCUGCAGUAAAGAAAAAUCUUCGUUUGUGCAAAAUUUGAACAAAGAGGAAAUUACCUUCAUAGUAAUGCAACUUUGUAAAGUGUUUCCUUAUAUUUGUAAUUGUUAGGUGGACUACUUUCUCCAGGGACUUUUUGCACUCUUGUGACUAAUUUCUAUAACUUAUGGUUCAGAAUUUGUUACUAUUUACAGACACCAUUGGGAAGUGGAUAUUGGAUUGUGAUAGACAACAGUUGCCUCCUUUUGACAAAUACUGGAUAUUAGCAGUUUAUAUAUGAAAAUAAUAUCACUUGUGAAAUCUUUGAAAUUAAUUUGAGAUUAAAGACUUGAGUGACCUAAUUUUGAGCCAUGAAUACUAAUGUACUGUAGUGCAAUCUAUAUUACGAGUACAUUUUUCAUCAAUUCCAUACCUUCUUUUUUUUCUGAUGUCUUUUUAAUCGAGUCUAGAAACUAUGUUCAGCAAUCAUUCUUAAAGCCUGGAAAUUAGAUUUUAUGAUAAAGUAAUGACUAUGACUAUUAGGUCUUCUUGUUAUGGGAAGUAGCAUCUUAGUCUUACAAAUUGGUGGAUUAUAACUAAUCAAGGGCUUCAUUUCUGAUUAUGUCAUUUUUAGAUAAUUUUGAACCUAGGUUAAUGACACUUUAUAAAGCAUCUCCUAAUGUUGUCCUGUGAACACUAGUUAUUUCAAAUAUGUUAAUACUGUGCCUUUGAUUUGUUAGCUUUAAAGUUAGUUUAAGACUUUUACACUGCCAGUAUUCCAGAUUUGGUGAAAUUAAUACUUUUGUAAAGGGUCCAAGUGAAUAAUUUUCUAAUGUGUGUAUCUGAAAUUUGUAAUAAAGUCAAUUUCAUAUU